CGGAAGUACUUCAUUUCAAGUGUCGACGGGGUAACGUUAGCAGGCAGCAAAUAACGAUCGUUCAGAAGUUAAAAAGAUAUUAAAAUACCCCCAAAACAGAAAAGCGGCGUUGAUUCUGUGACUGAAACAGUCUGUGUCGUUAUCGUUGGCUCCAUCAAGAGUAGAGUUUGCCUGGACUGUCGUUGUGCAAGAUGAGUGGUAAACCAGAAGCCAACAAAGAGUUUAUGGAGCAACUGCGGAUGCAGGAACUCUACGGCCAGAGAAAUGAAGACGGCUCUGAUCCCUACAGCUACACUGAUCCGGAGGACGGGACUGUGUAUGACUGGGACCAUGAAAAGAAGGCCUGGUUUCCUAAAAUAACUGAGGACUUCAUCGCAGCCUAUCAGGCCAACUAUGGCUUCACUAAGGAAGGAGAUCCUGAUGCCAACAACGCUGCACUGAGCAGCAAAGACCCGGCAGCUCCCAACUCAGACAACAAGUUGUCUGAAAAGGAGAAACCAUUAGAUCUAACCCCGAAUCCAGUAUCAGAGCAGCGUGAGACAACAGCCAAAGAAGCCAAGCAGAAAGGGGAGAAGAGGAAAGCAGAGCCAGGAUGGUUUGAUAUUGAUGACAAUAAAAACACAAACGUCUACGUGUCAGGCCUGCCUCCUGACAUCAGCACUGAGGAGUUUGCUGAGUUGAUGUCCAAGUGUGGGAUCGUGAUGCGGGAUCCCAUCACAGAGGAGUACAAGGUCAAACUCUACAAGGACAAAGAGGGAAACCUGAAGGGAGAUGGCCUUUGCUGCUACCUUAAGAAGGAGUCGGUUGCACUGGCGAUGCGUCUGAUUGACGAGUCAGAGGUCCGAGGAUACAGACUUCAUGUGGAGGCAGCACGGUUUGAGCUGAAGGGCCAGUAUGAUGCAAGCAAGAAGAAGAAGAAAAGCAAAGAUUAUAGGAAGAAGCUGCAACAGCAACAGAAACAGUUGGACUGGAGGCCAGAGAAGCAAGGAGAUGUGAGAAAGAGACAUGAAAAAGUUGUCAUCAUCAGGAACAUGUUCCAUCCCAGCGACUUUGAGGAAGACCCUCUGGUGCUGAAUGAAUAUCGUGAGGAUCUGCGAUCCGAGUGUGAGAAGUUUGGGGAGGUGAAGAAGGUCAUCCUCUUUGAUAGACACCCAGAUGGUGUGGCAUCAGUCGCAUUUAAGGAGCCUGAACAAGCCGAUGCAUGUAUUCAGUCCUUCAACGGUCGCUGGUUUGGCGGAAGACAGCUGUCGGCUCAGCUUUGGGAUGGAACGACAGACUAUCAGGUGGAGGAGACGACACGUGAGCGAGAGGAGCGGUUAAAGGGCUGGUCCACCUUCUUGGAAGGUGACAAAGGACAGCAGAGCAACAACAACAACAACACCGCUGCUGCCGCCAAACCAGCAGAGAGCAGCAGCGCCACAGAACCCAGUGAGCCAUCCAGCACCACAGAGCCCGAGCAGCAGCCCGAAACAGAACCGCAGUCCUCAUUAGGGCAACAGGAACAAGAAGUGAACUCUACUGAUAGCAGCCUGGCAGGGAGCGAUGACGAGGAGGGUUAGACACUUACACGUCCGAGGUCGCCAUGGCAACUGACCGGGACAGUCCUACCUGCAGGUGAACUGUGGCUCGCUGUUGACAAGGAUGGAUAUGGACAGUUUGAGCUGUUUUGUAAAGUAGAAAAAUAAAGCUAUGAUUUUGUCUACCCUAUUUUCAUCAUGUUGGUUUACGUAACCAGACGUGCACUUGAUGAGCUGGUUAUUCUUUAAAAUCACAGCUUUCUUAUCAUUUCAGUGUAGGUUAUUUUCAUUAGUGUGCUGGCAACGCUAAACUAAAUGGCACUGAAUCGCAAAGGAUAAAUGAGAGCAAAACUUUGUUGGAUCUGAAUUGUAGAAGAUUGUGCAACUUAGUAUGAAUAACACUUCACUCUAAAUUU